AUGGCGUACAGAGGCACGAGGGGCGCCGCCGCAGCAACAGCAACAGCUGCAGUGCUUGAACAGGACGAAGCCCGUCACCCGCAGUCCGCGGCCGAUCUUGUUGGGUUGUCGAGGGGCAGGGUUACAGCAGGCCUUGAGCCGAGAACGUCGACCACCGCCCAGAGGCUCCCAACGAAGGCGACCGCGCCACGAAGAGAAGCGCACCAGCAGGAAGAAGCAGCAUGUGACGAGCUAACAAGGAGGGUCAUCGCCUUACAAGUCGUCGACGACCGCAGCAGUACUCCUGGCAGGAAGAUAGAGACCAUCGCCGAGCUGAAGCAGCAGCUGGAAGGCAUGUGCCGGACUGUGUUCGCGGCCCUCGGGCGGCAGCAGACGGAGAGCGCCUACCAGAUGGCCCUCAAGAUCGAGCUCGAGGACCGAGGGGUAGCCGUCCAGCAGGAAGUCAAGAUCUCCAUCACCUACAGAGAUAUCGACAUCUCUUCCAGGCGGGUUGACCUGCUGCUCACCCUUCGCGACGGCUCCACGGCGAUCGUCGAGAUGAAGGCCGUCUCGACACUCACCAAGGGCACCAACCUCAACGCUGUCCACCAGCUCCAGUACUACCUCGACGUUUUCGACAUCAACCACGGGUUUCUGCUGAAUUUCCCGCACGAUGCAGGCUUCCCCCCACCACCGAACGGGGGGAUAUUCCGGCAGGAACCAAUCUGCGGAGUGGUGGGCCCGCUGUCCGACGUUCGCGUGCGAGAACGGUAGGCGCUAUUUCCAGGUGAGUAUAGAUGCAGGGGCAGUAGAGGAAACGUGAGAUUUGCAGUCGGCGUGCAACGUAUAUUUUUCUACCGUAGCAUGAGUACGUGCCACACGGAGGCACCAAAACGUUACCUACGUACUUGUUUGCCGAUUUCUUGGGGCCAUGUUGCUCGGUUAGCCUUUGGCAGUUAGAAACCUACGCUGAUUUCUGAAAU